GGUUCAUGAGCUGAUGUACGCACUGUAGAAAGAAGGAGCUACUUUAUGCCGUGAGAUCUACCAAAACGGAACAUAUAUACAAGAAGGAAUGGCGUGGAAUGUUGAAGGCAAGAUUGGCGUCGUCACCGGCGCGUCUUGUGCGCUGGGCCGAGAGAUCACGCAGCGGUUGGCUGCUCAUCAUCGUAUGAAGGUGGCGUGCGCUUCACGGAAAGCUUUUACGACAGCCCUCCCCACCGGCUGCACGGCAUUCGUCGCAGAUAUCAGCCGCAGCGACGACUGUGAUGCUCUGUUGUGCAACAUCAAGGCGCAAUUGGGUCCUGUGUCUCUCCUUAUCAACUGCGCCGGUGUCACACUGAGCAAGAUGCACAUGCGGUGCACAGACGCGGACUACGACGCCAUCAUGAACACGAAUCUGCGUGGUGCGCUGCAGGUCACGCGGGCGGCCUUGCGACACGGUGGGCUUCUUCAGACGCAGGACGGCUCUGUGUUGCACAUCGGCUCUGUCGCUGGUGUGGUGGGCAACGAAGGCCAGGUGCUUUACAGUGCCUCGAAGGCCGCGCUGACGGGUGCGACCAAAUCGUGGGCGAAGGAGUACGGCGUACGAAACCUGCGCUUUAACGUGGUGGCGCCGGGGCUGAUUGAGGGAGAGGGCAUGGCGGCUUCUUUGAGUUCGGAGCAGCGACAGCGGUGGCGCGAUGCGUGUCCGCUCAAACGUCUGGCCACAGUCACGGAGGUGGCUGACAUGGUUUUAGCAGUGGCGCUAUGCCCGUACGUAAACGGUCAAACGAUCUCCGUGGAUGGCGGUCUUUCGUAA